AUGAUAGAUUGGACAAGCUUACCAGAUCAGGUCUUUGUGAGGCUAUUGGAGAACUGUAAUUUCGAAGCGAUAUUGAACCUCCGAAAAGUGUGCACGCACUUCCGAAACUUGAUCGAUGACACCCCUCCUCCUCUGAAGACUUCCCUAGAUUGGCUAGUGCUCAAUGUCAAUCCAGAAUCCGUGAAAAUCACAUUGACCAAUGUUGGAUCCCUGUUUCAUGAGCAAUGUGCCAUAGAUUAUUUGAAAUCUGAAGAAGGAUGCUUGGUGGCGUGGAAGGAACAUUGGCAGUGGAGGACGAAGCCCGCCGGAGGAGAGCGUUGGAUUACGGUAGCUCUGAGAGAUUUGGAAAUUUAUAUGAGACUAUUGGGAAGAUCCAUUUUGCCACAUCUUAGCAUUCAUUAUUAUUUUGUGCCAGAAGAAAAUGAGUUCCAAGAAGGUUUUCAUCGGAUUCUGGAGACACACAGCCUCCGUGUGGAAGAUCUAGACCUAAACAUCUCUAACACUGAGCAACUCCUUCAAAUCUUGCCUAACAUGACUCCAGGAGUGCUCCGUCAAGUUACAGUAGCCAAACAGCAAAUGACAGAGUUCCAAGUGGAUCCUGUACUGGAUAUGGAUAAGGUUAUGGCGCUGGAGCAGGUCAGAAAACUCGAGGAGUUGAGGAUAAGAGGAUUCGAGGUGUCAAAGCCUAUCAGGGAGUUCUACUACCCAUCUAGAGUGGUUCUCCAGGUCAAGCAGGUGACGCUGAAGGAUAUUUGGGAGAUGAGAAGGGUACAGUAA